AUGUCCUUUGGAGCCCAUUUUGCCUUUUGCCCGCCUUCCGUAGAGUACAAGCUGUGCCUGGUAGGCGCCAUCAGAAAAGCUCUCUACGGCGGCGGUGCCGUGAGAGAUAAUUUCUUGGUAGUGGGCUCCUGGUUCCGCCAGAAUCCACCGGCGGUGAACGGCGCCAUCGAUAACCUGCUUAUGAGCAACCUUUUCGCCGAGCAUGAUCCGCCUAUACUGCCCUUACUCAAUCGCUAA